AUGGACUUCUCUCUGGGCCUACGCUUGGGGCCUCGACACAAGAAGGCUACCCACCAAGAGUCGGCUGCACCCUCAGGGCGAGGACCGCAGGCUGCUUCUCCUUGCCUUCCCUGUCCUCCCUCAGCCUGCCCCUGCCCCUUCCCUGGCUGUCCCCCUCCCACAUGCUCCUGCACUGCCUGUCCCACUCCUACAGCCACCUGUCCAUAUUGUCCCAGCCUUCCUGGCCCACCCUGUACCUGUUCUUGCCCUCCCUGCCCCGCCUGUCCUCCUUUGACUUGUCCCCAUACCUCUUGCGUCCCAUGCUCCCAGCCACCCCUGACCUACUGCCACCCUUCCCCUUGCCCUAUUUACCCUUGUUCCCAGGGCCGCACUGCCUGCGGGAACUCUCGCUUGGGCUGCUGUGACAUCUGCAGUUGUGGCCGGGGGACCACUUGGAGGGCUCCAGGUCCCCUGGGCUGUUGCGGCUUCUGCUUUAGGGGACAGCGAGCUUCUCAGGGGCGCUGUCUGAUCAUCUAGGCAGG